AUGAGUUCUUUCUACUACUUGCAUCGUGAUUUUGAUUUACAAAAGAAACAGCUAAUAAAGUUCAACGAAUGUUUAGCCCAGCCAAAAGUUCUCGCCCAAAGCUUGGCUCUCGCCGCUUUGUCUUCACUUGGUACUGAAAGUGAUGAUGAUUCAUAUGAUGAAAUAGAGAUCAAACAAGUGGAAAAAUUGGCGUCGAAAACGACUGAACAAGAAACUUCGAAAAAUUCUAAUGUAAUUGAAGAAAGUGGUGGUUAUCAUAAAAAGGAUAAUGGGGAUGAUGCAGUGUUCAACGUGCCACUUCUUCCAUUACCAUCGUCGGGUGCUAAGAGUAAGGCCAAGUUAAGUAGCAAUGAUGGAUUGUCUUCUACAAAAUCAUUCCAAGGAGUCGAUGAACUUUGGGAUAAAAAUGUGUUCGAAAAAAUCGAGUUUUAUGGAUCGCAACGCUUAUUUCCAAGUGUUGAACAUGGAAAAUUUGCCAUGCCAGAGGAAGCAAAUAAUAAUAAGGAGUCUUGCAUUAUGCUAUUAAAUAAUGAAGAUGUAAAGAAGGUAGACUUGGGCCGUGUUGAAGAUACCAAAAAAAGGGAAAAAAAGAAGCAAAGUAGGGGGUCGAAAAAGCUGCAAAACUUAGAAAAUCGGGAACGCUCUAGGAAACAAUCCAGUAGUGAGAAAAGUGUGUCUAAAACUCCUGAGCGUUAUCGUCGAAGAUCAAGCAGCAAAGAAUCCUGUCAUAAAAGGCGUCGCUCACAUGAUCGGAAACGGUCAAAGUCUCGAACACGAAAAGGCCGAAGAUAUGUGGAACGGCAUAUUUCACGCUCAAGAAGUCGGGAAAGGAGAAGGACUGGUGAAGGACAUUAUCGUGACAAGUACUUUAGAAGAUCACGUUCAUGA